AGGCAAGUGAGACCACUUCAAACCAAACACUUCCACACUUCCAAGAAACAGCUGAGAGAAGGCAGAGAUGAGCAGAAACCCUUUGGCUGACACUCACACAGUUGCCAUGGACCUGCAUAAGCAGUGGGAGAACACAGAGACCAACUGGCAUAAGGAAAAAAUGGAAUUACUGGACCAGUUUGAUAAUGAAAGAAAAGAAUGGGAAAGUCAGUGGAAGGUCAUGCAGCAGAAGAUUGAAGAGCUUUGCCAGGAAGUAAAGCUGAGGAGGAAAAUGAACAUGAAUGAACAUUCUAAGGUCAUUGCUCUUGAUCGUGAUCAAGAUAAAAUGGAAUUUCCUCCAAAUCACCCCAAUUCAGGACAAUGUGAAUUUAGAGUGAUGAAUCACCGAGAUGAUCUGGACAAGGACAACAAGCUAGAAAGGGACUUCCUCAGAGAAGGAAACCAAGCUUAUAAAAACCAAAACACGCCCACAGGAAACAAAGUCGGGUUUCUGAAUCCUUUGGCCACAGAAGAGGAGGCACAUGAGGAGGCUGGCAUGAGGACUUCUAAGGAGGAGAGUAAAGAUUGUUCUGUCGCCCUUAACACAGCUCUUGAAGAACUUGCAAAAGUGAGUGAAGAAUUAUGCACCUUUCAAGAGGAAAUCCGAAAGCGCCCUAACCACAGAAGGAUGAAGUCAGAUUCUGUUCUCCGGGAAAUGCCAAAUGCAAUCAGUGCACCUCAUGGGGACCACUUUAUCAGUAAUAGCCAGGGCAUUCUUCCAACCAAUUUGGAGAAAGAAAAACAGAAAAAGAAUCAGAGCUGGGCCAACAGAUUCCAAAACAAUUCAAUGAAAAACUGUGGAACUGGUGUAAUUGACUUACAAAGAAGUGAAAUUCCACCAAUUCCUCCUCCAAGAAGUACCUCUCGAAAUUUCCCCAGCUCAUACUCUGAACAAGCCCAAGAAAGACUGAAGGAAAGUUUAUACCACAGGUGGGUGGCCAAUGAGAGUCAAGACAAAAGGAACUGCAGUCCUCAUUUUCUUUUGAGGCAGUCUCCAUUGUUUCCACAAGAAGACAGAAGAUUGAAAGAUAGUACCAUGGCUUCCUCUUUGAUACCAGAAGUCAGAAUAGAUAGCAAGCCUCCAGGUAACGAAGACACUGGACUUAAUAUGUGGUCAUGUGACACUUUUAUAGGCACAAAGGAGAGCCCUUCUACACUGUCUCAAAAAAUUGGUUUCACCCCCAAUAAAGCAAAAGUUGAAAAGGUGAUUCCAGAAAACCCUACUAAAUCUCAUCUUGAUCUUCAUGUGAAAAGUGACUUUCUUCACUCAGUGACACAGACAGACCCACGUAGAAGUUACAACUGCAAUUUAGAAAGGACUCCAAGGAAUGAAAAGCUGGCAGCAAAGAUUGAUGAAUUUAACAGGACUGUAUUUAGGACAGACAGAAGUUGUCAAGCAGUACAGCAAAGUCAAAGCUAUUCAAAACCACCUGAUAAUCUCAAUCUCUGUGACAGCUCUCCUGCUGAUAAAGACGACGUAUCAGAAAGUGACGAUGGGACUAAUGGCUUGAAAGCUAGUGACCACAUACCUGUGCCCAUGGAAAAAGUGUUCAGUAAUUCCACACAAGUAUCUGCAACUGGCCUGGUCAAACAAAUGCAGGCAUUCGUGAGUCCCAGCACCUAUCAGCUCAUGUUCCAUGAGCAUGAUUGGAGACCAAGCAAUUUUUCUAGCCGGCCAAAGUCAGCUGAUCCCAGAUCAAAUUAUCGUGUGGUGGAAAAGCUGCUGAAAACCUAUGAGACAGAGACAGGGUCUGUCCAGCAAAACUCAAAAUGCUUCAGGGAUAACUGGACCAAAUGCGGUUCUGAUGUAAGUGGUGGUACCAUGUGGGGCCGAUGUUUAGAAAUGUAUCAAAUGGAACAUUUACUUAGUGCGGGGAUAACACAGCUGGGACAUCAGGGACUACUUCCAUCUUUAGCAAUAGCUCUGAAAUCAGAAUCCAUAGCAGUGAAAGCCUCGAAUGGAAAAGGAUUUUCCCGACCUGCUAGACCAGCCAAUCGCCGGCUCCCAUCCAGAUGGGCAUCCAGAUCGCCAUCCGCACCCCCAGCAUUACGGAGGACUGCCCACAGCUAUAAAGUCUCUCUGCAAACCGCAGCCCAGAUGGUCUAG